GCGCAUUGCACUUUGAGGUGCUCGGUUGUCUUGCGGUGUAUUUGUAGUUGUUGCUUGUGUGUGGGUGUGUGUCGUGUGUGUGUUUGCUUGCAAUUAAAUAUUGUUAUUCUGCAUGCAAAUCAAAAGUGCAACAACAACAACAACAACAAUUAGACAAGAAAUCGUGUAUUGAUUUUUAAGUGUUAACAUGUCAAAGGAUUUGGACAUUGAGCAGGCGACGCAGGCGACAAAAACGUCAACAUCGAUGUCGACCUCAAUCGAAGUUAAAGCCGAGCCUGUUGCUGUUGUUGAGCUGACAACAACAACAACAAAUACAGCAGCAGCAACAACAAAUGGUGAAAAUAAUGGCAAGGCUGAACAGCAACAACAACAACAACCAAAAACAACAUUAACAACAAUAACAGAACAAGUGCAGCCAAUAACAAUUGUUAACGCCGAUGCGGCUGCGAAUAUAGGCAACGAGAACAAGUCCAACAUGGAUCCAUCGCUGAUCAACUUCAAGGUGCUGUAUGUGGUGACACAGCUGUGUGGACUGACGAUGAUUGUGCUCGUUGGGACUUGGGUUGGUCAACAUUUGGGUGGAUUGGGUGGCUCAGCGAAUCCCAAGUUGGAGUUUAAUUGGCAUCCGUUGUUUAUGACCAUUGGAUUUAUUUUUUUGUAUGGCAAUUCCAUAUUGGUGUAUCGCGGUUUUCGCACCACGCGCAAGAAGACAUUGAAACUCACCCACGCCGGCAUCCAUUUGGCCGCCUUCAUACUGACGGUGAUUGCCCUGAAGACAGUCUUCGAUUCGCAUAAUCUGGUCGAUCCCCCAAUUCCAAAUUUGUACUCACUGCACUCUUGGCUUGGCCUCUCGGCUGUCAUCAUCUUUGGCCUGCAAUAUGUGGCUGGUUUCAUGGCAUUCCUGGUGCCGGGAAUGCGGGAGAAUUACAAGAUUGCCCUGAUGCCGUUGCACAUUUAUUUUGGACUCUUUGGAUUUGUUUUGGCCAUUGCCAGCGCCGUCAUGGGAAUCACCGAGAAGGCCAUUUUUGCAUUGGGUGCCAACUAUUCGACGUUGCCCGCUUCUGCAGUGUUGGCCAACAUCAUUGGUGUUCUCUAUGUGAUCUUUGGUGGCCUCGUUGUCUACCUGGCCACAGAGCCGUCCUACAAGCGUAAACCCCUUGCCGAGGACACGGCUCUGCUCUCCGGCGCUACCAAUGAGUAGAUUCUCAUCUCUCAUUCAUUUACUUAAGCUCAAAACUGUGCACAAAAUAAAUAUAACACAAAAUCCCUGAGAGAAAGAAAGAACGAGUUGCGAUUGGUGCUGCUUCUUCUUUUAAUUGCUUAUUUGAGAAUUGUUAAAGUUACAUGAUUUAAUUAUAAUAGUAAAUAAUUGAUAAACAAAAUGAUUUGUGACAAAAAGUUACCUGAGUGAGCCUCACAUUCAAAAUUGUGUUUAUUCCGUAACGUGACUCGAUCUGACAUCUGUAUUAUACAAAUAUAUGUAAUAUAUACUGCUAUA